GUUUGCGCGGGGGGGGGGCUCCGUUGCUAUGGCGGCGGUGCCGGCCCUGUCGCUGCGCGUGGUGGCGGAAUGCGGGCGAAGCAAGGCCCGUGCGUGCGAGCUGCGGCUGCCGCACGGCUCCGUCAACUGCCCAGUCUUCAUGCCAGUCGGUACUCAGGGAACCAUGAAAGGCCUCACCGCUACGCAGCUGGACGCGCUCGGAUGCCGCCUGUGCCUGGGGAACACCUAUCAUCUGGGCAUGCGUCCCGGACCAGAGCUUAUCCAAAAAGCCAAUGGGCUCCAUGGCUUUAUGAACUGGUCACGAAACCUGCUCACGGACAGCGGUGGAUUCCAGAUGGUCUCUCUGGUGGAGCUGUCUAAGGUGACAGAGGAGGGAGUGUGCUUCCGUUCUCCUUAUGAUGGCAAGGAGAUUCUGCUGACUCCAGAGAAAUCCAUUGAAAUACAAAAUGCUCUUGGCUCUGACAUCAUGAUGCAGUUAGAUGAUGUGGUCAGCAGCACAGUUAGCGGCCCCCGGGUAGAAGAAGCCAUGUUCAGGUCCAUUCGCUGGCUGGACAGAUGUAUUGCAGCACAUACCAAGCCUGACCAGCAGAAUUUAUUUGCUAUUAUCCAGGGUGGACUGGAUCCUUCCCUCCGAUCUAAGUGUCUGGAAGAAAUGACUAAACGAGACGUGCCGGGCUUUGCCAUUGGGGGCCUGAGUGGUGGUGAGGCCAAAGAUCACUUCUGGAGGAUGGUAGAUCUCAGUACGAAUCAUCUCCCCAGGAACAAGCCUCGCUAUCUCAUGGGAGUGGGUUAUGCUACGGACCUGGUGGUGUGUGUGGCUCUGGGCUGCGAUAUGUUUGACUGUGUCUUCCCUACGAGGACUGCACGCUUUGGUUCAGCCUUGGUCCCCUGGGGCUCCCUGCAACUGAAGAACAAGCAAUAUGCCAAGGAUUUUCGGCCCAUUGAUGAGAACUGUGAUUGCCCCACAUGCCAGAGGUACAGCCGAGCGUACUUGAAUGCUCUCUUCAGGAGUGACACAGCUGCCAUGCACCAUGUUACUGUGCAUAAUAUUGCAUACCAGCUGAACCUGAUGCAUUCAAUCCGGGAGAGUAUCAUUGAACAGAGGUUCCCACAGUUUGUUCAGGACUUCAUGAAGACCAUGUAUGGCAACUUCAGCAGCUACCCACAGUGGGCCAUAGAUGCCCUGUCCUCUGUUGGAAUUACCCUGGAGUGAGAGGGGUACAAUUGUGCUGCCAGCAUCACCGAGCAAGCAAAAUCCAACUUGGAGCCCAGCACCUGUGAACCAGCAUGUAUCCCCUGGAUCCAGGUCUCUCAAUGAUUGGUUGCCUUACUUUCAUAGCUGUGCCAGUUUUCUUUCCAGAACAGUGGUCUAGGUGUUUGCAGCACUGAAUACCUCUUUCUAUUCAAGGAGUGCAUGGGAAGAAUCGGAGGAGCUGACGGUUUUUAUUGCAAUGGUCAUUCUUCAAUGCAGAGUCUUCAUGGUUAAACUGGAGCUACCUUGAAAGUUCCUUAUUUUUAUAUUUUUAGUAUGU